UAGAGCAUUGACAGGAGGAAGAAAAGCUUGAAGCUAGCUAGUAGAUACCGUAGCUACCAUAGUAGGCAGGAGCAAGAUGUCAUUUCGUCCCAUCUUUGGCAUUCCUCGUCUGACCCAGGACUGGGGAACAGAGCAACAUGAACGCGAGACGCACUGGACUUCUCUGUUCUAUGAUCUGAUGGUAGUGGCUGCCUUGAAUGCCAUUGCAGAACCUUUUGAAGAAGCUGAAGAACCUGAAGGAGAAGAACUUAGGUUUCUUCAGGAAGUGCAAGGUAGUACUGAUGGCACUGAUGGCACUAGUGACACUGUCCAUGAGCAGGAGUUGUUUUUGCUGACUCCCAUCAAGCACUUGUGGCUGUGUGCAUUGCUGCAGUUUGUGUCUGUGGUCAAUCCCUGGAACUUUCUCAACGAGUUUACUUCCAUGUUUGAAGACGAAAGCUUCAUUGGACACAUCUCCUUCUUUGUUCAUGCAUUUGGACUUGCGGCGACCACGGCAGGUUGUGUGGGAGAAUUGGAAGAGAACUACAAAGUACUCGCCAAUGGAAUCAUUCUCGCAAAAAUUGGAUUAUUGGUACUCUAUGCAAGACCACUCAUUUACGUUAAACGCGCCAGAACUCACAUACUCGUACGGGCAGUCUCACACUGUGUCAAUAUUGCUCUCAUGCUAUGGGCGAUCACUUGUCCAUACGAAACCUUUCGAACCCUUCUCAUCAUUUCCUCCUUUUGGGAUUGGGCGGGAUUAUUCUUCCUCCUGGCUCUCAACAAAGAGCAACGAAUACCCAUUCACAUUCAAAGUUAUGCUGAUCGCAUCAAGGAAGUUACCAUGGUCAUUUUUGGAGAAGCUAUCUUCGCUAUCAUUCUGCAGCCGUACAGCGAGGCAAAGAAACAAACACAUUUCUACAUUGCACUCGCUUCCACUCUAUGGAUGAUUUAUGCCAUGGCACUGCAAGAGUUCCACAUUCUGCCCAACGAUGACGAUCAUGCACUCCGACGAUCCGUCGUCUUUGGAUAUCUAUGGUACUUUACCAAUUUCUUCAAACAAUUCUGUCUCUUGGGGACAUCCAUUGGCAUCAAACGAGCCCAUCUUCUCAUGUUCAAAGCACCCUUACAACCCAUUGAUCAAGACACGAGAAGACUCAUCGUGUGGGGACUGUCCAUGAACAUGCUGUCGGUACAAAUGAUUCGAUCGUACUCAUUUGGUUUUGGAAGACACCCCAACAAGGACGAUCCUCCAAAACUCUAUCGACUCAAAGUCUUGUGGUGGACCAUCAUGAUAGUCGCCGUACUCGCACCACAGCUCGUCGAUUUCAUUAUACUGGAACACGUCUCGGCUCAACCAUUGGUCGUGUUGAUCUCAUUUGGAUGUCUCAUGAGUCUCGUGAUUAUGGGAGAAGCUGCCAUGUCCAAUUUGGUCGCAGAGCACUUGCGGAGAUUGAUGCAAGAACUGGACACGUGUGGGGGCGGCGGCGAACCGGGGGAAAUGACAUACUUACACUCCUCCAGUGCUGUUCGCCAGUACUCUUCUUCCGAAGACGUGCCACAAGAACAAUCGCAUCCACACAAGUGUGCGUUCCCCAUGGAGCAUUGUCCCACCAAAGCAAAGCCGGAAGAAUCAUAGCAAACAAGAGGUCGAUUUGGUGUUUGGAUGGCGUAACCUAGAUAUUCCUAUUCUUCAUUUUAAGAAAAGUUUGUCGUC